CCCGGCCCGAGGGGCGGUGCUGUCAGUCACAUGCGCACCUGGGGCGGGUGGCGGCGGCGGCGCGGGCACCGCCAGCCGGCGGAAGAGAGCGGGGCCGGGCUGGGGCGGGGUUAGGCAGGUGAGUGACAGGCUCCGGGGGGCCGGCCCCAGCUGGGAGCCCCGAGCGAGCCCUGAGUAGCUGCAGCGGUGCCCGCCCCCUCUCCGCCCCUCCAGCGGGGCUGGUCUCUGGCCGGGCACCGUCGCGGGCCCCCCUGGCCCGGCCACCUGGGACUGUGUUGAGAGUCGGCCACCUCCCUCUCUCCCCUGGCCCGCAAAGUUUGUGGUGAAGCCGGCGCCGGGCAGAGCGCGCCCCGGGGGAGAUCCGGGAGCGCCCGAUGCCGAGCGGCAGGAGCCGUUGACCCCGGACGCCGCCGUCCGGGGCAGGAGCGCGGAGCAGUCGGCCAACCGCCGUCUCCGGUGCAUGGGGACCGGCUGAGGAGCCAGCAUGGGCAACUGCGUGGGGAGACAGCGCCGUGAGAGGCCGGCCGCCCCGGGACACCCCCGCAAGCGAGCAGGCAAUAGGAUCAAAUCAAUUGCGAAAUCAAGAUUACAGAAGUCCUUGCAUGAUAAAUGGGGGCAUUCAGGACGCAAUGAGCCCCUGAAGAAGGAACGGCUCAAAUGGAAGAGCGACUAUCCCAUGACCGACGGGCAACUUCGGAGCAAACGGGAUGAAUUCUGGGACACAGCACCUGCCUUUGAGGGACGCAAGGAGAUCUGGGAUGCCCUUAAGGCCGCCGCCUAUGCUGCCGAGGCCAAUGACCAUGAGCUGGCUCAGGCCAUCCUGGAUGGAGCCAGCAUCACUUUGCCUCACGGUACCCUUUGUGAAUGCUAUGACGAACUGGGCAAUCGCUACCAGUUGCCCAUCUACUGCCUGUCACCACCGGUGAACCUGCUGCUGGAGCACACUGAAGAGGAGAGUCUGGAGCCCCCUGAGCCUGUCCCCAGCGUGCGCCGAGAGUUCCCGCUGAAGGUGCGCCUCUCCACGGGCAAGGACGUGAGGCUCAGCGCCAGCCUGCCUGACACAGUAGGGCAGCUCAAGAGGCAGCUGCACACCCAGGAAGGCAUCGAACCAUCCUGGCAGCGAUGGUUCUUCUCUGGAAAGCUGCUCACAGACCGCACACGGCUCCAGGAAACGAAGAUCCAGAAAGAUUUUGUCAUCCAGGUCAUCAUCAACCAACCCCCGCCACCCCAGGACUGAUGGGCCCACGGACUCCUGGGAAGAAAGGCCAUGGAGGGCCUCUGCAGGGCUGAGCAGCUGGCCUGGAGCACGAGGCCCCCCACCCUGCUGCUGCCUUCAAGUGCUGUUGUUUUCUCUAAGGGCAUCUCCCCGCUCUAUGGCUCUGGGUGAGCCAUGGAGGAACCCUGCCUUCCAGGGGCACUGUGGGCCACCAGUGCCCAGCACCCAGGGAGCAAUGCUGCCACACACAGGCCUUGCCAACCUUGUCAGAGAAAAGGUGACUGGGACCCUCCACCCUGCAUCUCCUGAAGCAGGUUGGAGCCACAGGGGCCAGCCUGGAGGCCCUGGAGCCCAGAUCUGUCAUCUGGUGCUGCUCUGUGCUCACUCCGGUUUUCUGCUCAGGGUCGGGAAGCAGCUGCUGUCUCCCUCCUCCGCUCCCACCCUGACUUUGCCCUGGGCACAGUGCCAGUCCCCUUGGGAGGAGGGAACCACCAGUGAGUCCCAGGGCUUGGGGAGCCUGAGGCAGGCGGGCCUCUGCCUCUCCCUGCCCCCAGCACAAUCGGCAGAGGUGAGGCAGGUGGCCAGAUGGUUGGGCUUUGUGGCAGGGGUCUGCACGGGGCCAUCUCCUGGCUGUAACUCAAGUGGUGGGGGGUCUGCAGCCUGGUCAUGGUCUCCUCAGCAGGUCCUCAUGUACAGACAUAUGUGCAUAUUUAUCAAUAAAGCCUUUGGCUCCUCCUCUCUUGCCUGGCAUUUAAC